ACACUGUUAUCCGCCACGUCCAAAAGUCAAGCGCGCUGAUAAGAGUCUCUGUGACACAUUACAAAAUGUUUGCCUGCAGUGAGUGUUGCUUCACAUUCACACUAUUACCUUGAACGCAUUUCAUAUCCGCACCUUUGAGCCCUACGAGCAAGACGCUCGUUAAUGUCAACGUGCAACUUCCUGCUUGGAUUGCCCUUUGUAUUGUGCUUUUGGGCCAUCGGGUGAAAACAAUAACGGAGUGGUUGGUGUGCAUGGUGCUGCAGGCAUCGAGGCCAGAAUGUCUUCAAUGCAAGAUGAAGCACAGAACAUGACGUGACUGAUCGGAAGAUGCCUUAGUCAUACAGUCAUUAUUUCAGAACAUUCAUCUCCCGGUUCCCAGCCCCUCCCAUCCUGAGGGGGCCUGGGCAACAGGGGCGAUGCUGGGCACCAGGCAGAAAAGCAGCAGGCAAUCACUGUGGCGCUUUCUGUUCCCGCUUCACAUUCGUCAGGAGCGAGUUGUGUUGGCCCGCAGUGAGAGCCUACCCAGUGACCAGGUGCUGAAGGUCAUCGUCACGGAGACCACGGUGAUCAAGGCCGGCUCGGGGGCCUUUAACCGUCGCUCACUCACCUACCUGGCCCUCUGGUACUUCUUCAGCUUCUGCAACCUCUUCCUCAACAAAUACAUCCUCUCCCUGCUGGAGGGGCAGCCGAGCAUGCUGGGUGCGGUUCAAAUGCUCUCCACCACCAUCAUUGGCUUCCUGAAGAUGUUUGUGCCCUGCUGCCUGUACCAGCACAAGGCCAGGAAUGAAUACCCUCCUAACUUCGUCAUGAUCAUGCUCUUCGUUGGAUUGAUGAGGUUCACUACUGUAGUCUUGGGCUUGGUCAGCCUGAAGAAUGUGGCUGUAUCUUUUGCAGAGACAGUGAAAAGCUCUGCACCCAUUUUUACUGUCAUCAUGUCCAGGUUGAUUCUUGGAGAGUACACAGGCUUGUGGGUGAACCUCUCCCUGUUUCCCGUCAUGGCGGGACUGGCGCUCUGCACGGCCACAGAACUCAGCUUCAACUUGCUCGGCUUCUCCGCCGCACUCUCCACCAACAUCAUGGACUGUUUACAGAAUGUCUUCUCCAAGAAACUACUCAGUGGUGACACUUACAAAUUCAGCCCUCCAGAAUUGCAGUUUUACACCAGUGCGGCAGCAAUCAUCAUGCUCAUCCCGGCCUGGAUUUUCCUCUUGGAAACGCCAGUAACUGAAACGAGUGGACAAACCUUCACCUUCAGUCGGGAGAUCAUCAUGUUGCUGCUCUUCAAUGGCGGCAUGUUUCACCUGCAGAGUGUCACUGCCUACGCUCUUAUGGGACGCAUUUCUCCGGUUACUUUCAGCGUCGCAAGUACCGUGAAGCACGCCGUGUCUGUGUGGCUGAGCGUCAUCGUGUUCAGCAAUCAGAUCACCAUGCUCAGCGCCACCGGCACCGUCCUCGUGUUUGUGGGGGUUUUCCUAUACAACAAAGCCAGGCAGGCCCAGCGGCACCACUUGCAGGCCAUGGCUGCUCAGCAGACUCACAAACUACCACCACAGAAUCAGAAAAUCCAACAAGGACCACAGCCUCACUAAAGUCUUCACAUUUGAACACUUGCUCAAUCAUGGCUUAAAAUCAUCGGCUGGAUGCUUUUGUUGCCACACACACAUUCGAGUAAUGGAGGACAAUAAUACGAAUAAUACUUUUCAGGUGUGUUCAAGUCGAGAAAGAAACUGUUGUUUGAAAGGUAAAAGAAAGCCUUUACUACUCCUGUGGAACAUUUAUUGGCGGUUAGCAACACUCAAGCAUUUGACAAAAUGAGAAGCUCAGGGUGUCCUUCAGCUUUUUGGGAGGAAGUAAGCUCCUUGUAAGCAUUUUUUUUGUCUUACAUCUCGAUUCCAGACUGUGCUCGCAAAUCUCAUCUGUUCAAGCGGCUGUAAAUGUACGCCAGAGCUUUGACAGGAGCACAUAGGCUUAGCAACACUGUGCGAUCAGGCUCCGAAGGAUUCUCCGGCCAAAUUAUAGGUUUAGCCAACUUGACGCAUUUUUUAGCUGCGUCUUAAAAAUAUGAUGGACAAAUUACUGCAUUCCGGGAAUGCUCGUCCUCAGUCGUGAUCAAACUCAUUCCCAGUGCAUGCUGUGAUUGAAGCACCUCAGAGACGUAAAACAGCUUAAAGAUGCUGAAUGAUUCAAUGUAUUUACAUAGCCUCCCCAGUUUUUAAAAAGCUGUGGUCAAAGCACGCCAAAAUCUUCCCGCAAGACAUUUUACUUUUGUCUCAUGCAUCAAAGUACACAAUAGUUUAGCAAAAGUAGCUGAAAACCAGGCCAUUGAACUUGCUAGGAUUUACUAUAUUAAACUUGUCUUGAAUGAAGGAAGGUAGCUCUCAAUCUGCAGCUGGAAUGUCUGUCAGAAUUGUUCGUUUUUCGUCUGUGAUCUUAAAUUUCACUGAUCUUGGAUAGACCAUUUCUGAAUUUGUUCAUCCCAAAGUUGUUGGAUAGCAAAACUACCUGCCCCCGCCUCUCGCUCAAAGUUAAAGCUAACCUGCAAUAAUAGCGAUAAGCUCUAAAGAAACUAAAUAGAUGCGUCCCCAAAGCAUAUCUACAUACUACCUGUAUUUCCGUACCAAAUUCACCCCUACAAUGCCUUUAUAAACGUCACUACUUGAGUCACAUUGGACCAGAAAAUGGCUUUCUUUAUUAAGCUGUUCUCACUCAGUUGAAAGCAUGCAAGUGUGCAAAAGGUCAACUCCGUGCUAAUACUCAAAUUGUAAUCACGAGUGCAUGUAAGUUGAGGUAAGGUGAUUGAAAGAAUUGCACAUGUCAGAGAGCCAUCAAGCGGGAAAGAUACAUGUACAUCUAAUGGCUUGGUUUUUCCCUUUCAGAAAUGCAUCAUCGUCACAUUGGCCUCUAUUUAAAGCAUUACCAAGGUUGACUCUCACAAUUGUCUUUUCUCAUUCUUUGAGUGCUGCCCCAAAAAUGUAAUGUCUCUGAGAGGUAAUUGUUUGUUUUACAUUUCCGUGUUGCAGUGCCUCAGCAAGCAGAAUUUCUUUUUUACUACUUGUAUUUUUUUUUUUAAGACUACACAUUUGUCUGUUUCAAUUAAAUUCCUUCUCAGGUGUCCCCCCUACCCCGACCCAAAUAAGCCUGGAACAAUUUUAAUCUUAAAUGGUGCUUGGAAGCAAAUGCUCUAAAUGUGGUGUUUUCAUGUCAAUUCUUAAAGCUUCAGAAAUGGCAAUUGUUGCGUGUGUUUAUCUGGAUCUGUGGAAAUCAGACAGGGAGGAGGCGUAGGACUCUGGGCCAAAAGGUGUGUUUAAAGUGCCGAUUCAGUGCGCUAAAAUUCACAUCAGUUGGCACACGUAAGUGGAGUCUGUUUAAAAAAAAAAAGAAAAAGUCAGGUAACACUUUUUACUUUAUGGUGCAUCAAGUGUAUCUAAAUGCUUUUGAUCUAUAUGGGCAUGUGGGUGCUAACGACUCAUUAGACAAUGCAGGCCUUUAAAGUUCGCCUAUUUAUCAAAAAUUGUCAACAAAAUUGUCAACUCUUUUACUCAAAUCACAUGGCUUGUUUGGGAAAAUGUGUGCAAAGUUUUAGUCUGCCUCUUGGAGGCUGCAGGUGUGCUCAAUAUUUUGUUGGCAUACGUCUUAUCGUCUCCGACAUGGCCACUUGUCGUUCUCCAUUCAAGGGCGCCUUAGAUAAAUGUCAGCAUUGUUAAUUCUUUGCACACCAGACUACCAUAACACGGUACUCACGACAGAAGGUUAAAGGGUUAAGCUGAGCCCAACAUUGGCACUUAUAUGAUAGGAUGGUAACAAAAAAUUCUAGCAA